AGUAAACAAUAAUUUAGUCGGCUGCAGUUAGUUCCAACUACCAAUUAGUUCCAGCUUGGCGGAAUCCGUAUCUCAGGUGCAGCAACGCGGAUGCAUGGUCAGAGUGUACGACACUACCGCCAGUACAAAAUGGUCGACGUGCCUUGAUUGUCUCGCACGGUGGGCUGGCGAUGCGAAACUGCAUUAUUCCGUGUUGCUGAACGAGCUGGCUGCAACGGCAGAAACGACGCGACGACGGCGUAUGCGACGCUAAAUGGCUAUCGCAGGAUAAUACUCGCGUCUUGGUCUGUGCGGUCUUCGAGAAGAGCGAGAACGUGAGAACGUGCGCUGUGAAAUAAGCAAGAGGACGCGAGAAGCGAUGGAGAAGCGGCAGGAGGUGCUUGCUCCGUUUUCCUCCGACGAGUGUCCGAACAGCGGCGAGGACAGCGAGGAGGAUGUAAUAACCGAUUACCUUGGCUCAUCGCAUCCCGAAUGCGAUCGCGUGCUACCUAUCAUUAAUGGGGAUCUGCGCGGUCUGAGUUUGCACGGCGGCAUAGUCACGGAGACCGGCUACAACACCAAAGACAAUACCAACAAAACAUCUGUCACCAUGUCCGAGGGCGGCGACGAGCAGCAUCACCACCAGCGGCAGCAGCUACAGCAGCAGCAACACCCGUUGCUCGCACUCGGCACUAAUAUACAAAUCCAGCCUAAUCCUUUGGUGCCCAUUAUUAGUGUUACGCCGCAUUCGCCCGGUGUGGCCAAGAACUAUCCGGUCCUAGAAGAGAAUUUGCAACAGUUGCACGAGAUUCACGACUGCAUCCAGCGCAUGCGAGACCUGACACUGGGGACUUUGGGAUAUCAUCGCGUAUCCAACGACGCUCACAGAUUGACCUCCUCCUGUCCGUCUUUGUGUCCGCUGGCGGCAGCCGAGCAUGUGCCUCGCUCUGCCAAUCACGAUACCGGCUCCGAUCCGGACUUUAUCCUCGGCAAUUGUUCCACCAACAGCUCCCCGACGCAUUUCCCGUUGUCGGGUCACGUUCGCUCGCAACGGGGGGUGGCGCAAGGCGUAGACAGGAGACGCAGCUGGACCGGCGAUCUGGAGGAUCUGGAGGAGUCUUCCAGGCACAACCAUCGCCGAUACUCCGGACAAAAUCAUCUGCAAGCCCAAAAUAUGCGACAACGCAGCAUUAGUUUAAGUAGCCUAGACAGCGAGAACGAGCUAGAAUUAGAUGGAAAAUCGUGCACUGGACCUGUAGGCGUAGGCAAUCGGGCAUGCAGAUCGCAAACGAGCACUCACUCGCUGAACGAAGCCGAUCUCGUACAGAGCGAAUAUCAGAAGAUAGUCACAAAGAGGGGUAGUCAGAGAUUAGCAGAAAGUAGCAGUUUAAUGCCAGGGCUGACCGGUUCGCGUUUACCUCUUCAGAAAUCCAUAUCGACGCCGUCGAUCGUUACACCGCAGGUGCAUUUAGCUGAAGCCGGAACUCGGACAACGCCUUCACUCGCAGCCCGUCAUGAAAGAAACGAAAAGGGUAGUGGGAGUGAGACAGAAACCGAGGACCUUCAUACAGCACACAGCCAUGAAUUCCACGAAGAUCGAGAGGGCACUCCGAAUGUCCAGAUAUCCCUUGACGAGCUUUUGACCGAUGGUGCUCCAUACGAUGAUCAUCCCGAGAAGACCAGAAGAAAGCGCGGUUCUAUCUUUUUCCGCAAAAAGAAGGAUAAAAGCGGGAAGAAGACUAGUCAGCAGCAUCUGUGGGUAACGACGACGGUGGGGACUCAGGGAAGCUUACUAUGUGAUGUUUGUAUGAAACAUUCGACGAAUAAACCGCUCCUUCAUUGCGACAAUUGCGGAGCAUCGGUUCAUCAGAGCCAGUCGUGCAAGGAUCAAAUAGUGCUGGAGUGCAUCAAGUCCAAGCAUCACUCUGGCAAAUCCGCAACGAAGUCCGCAUCGAACGCUUCCACAAUGUCGAGCAACAGUGUGAACAAGCGCGGUUCUACAUCGUCGCUGCCUCUGCCUGCAUCAUCCGGAAGUCAAACGAUAAACGAAGAGAAAGACGCCGAGAGCGGGCAGCAUCGUGAUCUUCCCAGCGGUGGGGAGGAAUUUGACUUCGGCGAGGACGCUCAUCAGUUCACGGUGAGCGACCUCGAGGAGAUCGACCCCGAGCUGGAGCUGGGGAAGGAGGAGCCCGACUCCUGGAGCUCGACGAUCGGGCGUAACGUCGCGUUGCGCCUCGUCGACAACUGCGAGCGCGAGGUGAAGCGGCAGGAGCACAUUUACGAGUUUGUGCUCACGGAGAAGCACCACUGCCUGGUGCUGCUCGCGAUGGAGAAGAUCUUCGCCGAGGGGCUGCGACGUCACUUCCGUCUCGGCCAGCCAGAUCUCGAGCGUAUGUUUCCGCGGCUGCGUGACCUCAUUGACAUCCAUCUGCGCUUCCUGCAGAAGCUGCGAAGACGGCAGAGCGCCGAUCCCGUCGUCUCCACGAUCGCCGACAUUCUGGUCGAGCAAUUCUCGGGCGAUAACGCGCACCGGAUGAAGAGCGCGUACGGCGAGUUCUGCAGCCGCCACAGAGACGCCGUCGAGGCGUACAAAUAUUACCUGCGUAACGAUCCACGCUUCGCCCGUUUCGUCCGUCACUGUCAGACGAAUCCUUUGUUGAAAAAGAAAGGUAUACCCGAGUGUAUACUCUUUGUUACUCAACGCUUGACGAAAUAUCCGCUGCUGGUUGAGCCGCUUAUCAAAACCGCCAUCGUGCAAGACGAGGCUACAAAGUUACCUAGAGCGCUGGCCCUUGUUAAAGAGAUUUUAGCUGAUGUAGACGCCUGCGUAGCUGACAAAGAGCGUGAGGAUAGAAAAUUAGAAAUAUAUAAUAAGAUUGAUGCAAAGUCCUUCGCGACGUAUCGUGGUGCCAAAUUCAAAAAGUCGGACAUAAUCAACCGAGUCCUGAAGUUCGAGGGCACUGCAUACCUAUUGCACAAUCGUGGCUGCAAAAUGACUGCCAUCGUAGUGGUCGUUCUCUCAGACAUACUGUUUUUCUUGGCUGAGAGGGAUCAGAAAUACGCGUUCUUCGUGCCUGACAAUAAAACCGGCAUAAUGUCGCUGCAGAAGCUGCUCGUCCGCGAGAAGGCUCGUCAAGAAUCCUGCAUUUACCUGAUAAGCAAUAACCCGGCCGAACCGGAGAUGUUCGAGCUGAAGAUUCAGAAACCAAAGGACAAACAGGUGUGGAUAAAGGCCAUCCGAUCGGCCUGCGAGGCUUGCCCACACGAGCACGACAACGAGGUCGACGCGCUGGCGGAGAACACUAAUGAAUUGCGAGAUACUCGUUCCUCUUCGAUUUCACUCACCGUCGAAGAGAAACAGCGUAUCGCGAGGACCAAGGAGUCGCACAUACACAAAAUCGUCGACGAGAUGCGAAAGAAGGACGCCGAGCUGGCGCUGUUGUUCGAGGAAAAGAUCAACUUGCAAAUGCAGCUUUUACACGCGACAAACAUCUUGAGCGGGAACGAGAGUGAUAAUGAGAAAAUCGAGAAAUUCGAUAAGGAAGGCACUGAUUACAGUCGCUUGGUGUACAACGAAGGGAUGGACACCAUUCAAUUGUGGCAGGAGGCGUUUGUGGUUCUGCAAGAAGCGUCACGUCUCAUCAACUUGCUGUCGCCCAGUUCAGGCGGCCUGUCCAGAAGUUUGAGCUCCGCUGGUGAACGCCACAGCGAGGCUUACAUUCCGCCAGCUCUUUGCGUUCCUCGACGGGCCGAGACAUUCGCCGGUUUCGAUCAUAACAAGGAGAGGCAUCCGCUACGCGAUUCAAACGCGUUGAACACCCUGAUUCCCGGUCCGAAGCUCGGCGAAUUGCCGAAAGAGAAUCCGGACGAGUUACCGAAGCAAAAUCUCGACGAGCUGUCGAGACACAAUUCGGACAAGUUACCGACGGAGAAUCCCGACGAGAAGGAGGGUCAGGAACUGGACACGAGCAAAGAUCAACACCGCGCGGCGUUACGCUUGUCUCACCACAUUUACACGCUGUACAAUAUAGUGACUAGUCAGAUGACGACAAUCGACCGCUUUCAGGCACAGCUGGCUGUAUGUAGGGAGAGCAAGUGCAACAGUCGUCCGAAUCCGAAUCGCCAGCUGGAGGAGCUGCGGAAUUUGCAGGAUCAGUUCUGUCGGGAGAAAGCGACGUUUCGCGCCGUGUCCCAGCAGGAGAAGACGCAAUUGGAGGAGGAACGAACCGAACUGGCCCGCCAGAGGGAACAGCUGAUAGCGGAGCAGCGGGACGUGACGCAGCAACGGGAGCAGUUGUAUCGGCGACUUGAGGCGCUCGAGCGACAGGGCGUCACGCUGAGCUCCACGACCGGCUCGACGGCGAUCCAUCUGUCCCACUUGACGCAAAACACGGACACGAUGCAGCAAACUGCGCGCAGCAAGACGCAGCAAUCCGACGCGAAGCGCAUCCCCCUGAAUCUGAUCAGCGCGACGAAUCAGCAGAAAGUGCAGAGCAAUCUGCCGGUGAAGCAGCAGCUGCCGUUGAAGCUCGCCAGCGGAAGCAACAAUAACACAAGGAGCAGCAGCACUGCGAGCAAUAACAGCCCGGAUCGACACUCCAGAACGGGCAGCAGCCCGGCCCUCGUCACUGGCUCCGCGUACUCAUCGCCGGAGCUCGGGAAUAGCCAUCAUCACGGAAUCGGCGGUGGUCAUAUACACUCGUCGAAUCGCUCGCUUCGCAUCACUCGUUCUCCACCCGACACCUCGUACGCGCAUCAGCAAACGCAACAGCACCAACAGCAACGAAGCGCGGAAAUGCAGUCGUCUCCACAACAACAACAACAACAACAACAGCAACAGCAGCAGCAGCAGCAGCAGCAGCAGCAACCGCUGGAGGAGGAGGUAAUCUUUUUCUGACGAUUCUUUCGAUUCGGUCGCAAGCACUCGUCGCGGUCGUCGCGCGGUGCCGCCGCCGCUACCGGCACGACCACGCCGACGUCCACGCCGACACCGUCGCCGCGCAGCCAAUCGAGGAACAGUCAGCAGCCCCGCAGCCGCGUCAAGUCCUUUUGACUUUCGACUUAAAUCUCGUGGCGAUGCAAUGUAUAUCCUGUUCCCUGCUCUGUGAAUAUUCAUCGUAAUCUCCGAUUAUUUUCUCCGCGUUUUUUUCUCCUGUCGCCCAUCCUCGUAUUUUAUUCUUCAUAAUUUCUAUUGUUUCGCGAGUUAUUUAUUUCACAACGAAGUUACACCUUACUUUUGUCAUAUCCCCAGCGUAAAUGUCCACAUCAUAAUGAUAAUAUCGUUGAUAAACGCGAGCAAGCCUCGGCGUAGAGUUGAGAAAAGAUAGAAAAACAAUUACGUUUCAAUUGCUACAACUGAUGGCAAUAAUGUUAUUUUUAUGCCAAAUCUGACAAAAUUAUUAUCUUUGCAAGGUUGACGUAUUAAAAAUAAAACGCAAUUUCUAUCAGUAGAGUGAUUAUAGAUAUGCUCGCGGGAUAGAGAGAAAAAAAAGAGAGAAAUGUUAACGGCCGGCUUAGCGGAGUAGAAUCAGCCGAUCUUGUUGAAUUCUUGCUCGUUACGUUAUUAAGCUGACUGACAGUUUUAGAAACACAGGAUUUUAGACGAAUCUUUUAAGCAAACCUGUUGCUGCUUGCUGAAAUGCAAGGUAGAUAAAUACAUAUAUAUAUAUAUAUAUAUAUUACGGUUACAUAUACAUGAAUGUGUACAUAUAUAUACUUUUUCAUAAGCAUACGUGUGUGCGUGCAUUGAGCGCGAAUGGGAGGAUGAAUUAUUCGUACACGCGUAUAUUCUUCUAUGCGUGCACGCGCACGUGUGGGUCUCUCUGCAUGCCAUCGCGAAUACGGGAUGAACGGUCGCGAGAACGAAUUUACCGGUAGCUAUUCUUACAUCGUAAUUAUUGAAGUAUUUUAAUACGUGCUAAAGCGACACGUGAGAUUUAUCAUUAACAAUAAUGAAUUAUUAUCGUUAUUAUUGCGUGUGCCAAGUCGUUAAUCGAAAUUAAUCGUACUUCGUUUUCCAAAUACACGUUCGUUUUACAAAUGACUCUGUUUCCCGAGUGUAACGUUGUUGGCACAAGAUACACCUCGGCUCUUCCUCACGAAAAUAGCGAAGAAAUCUAUGUGUGUUGACAUUCUGUUUCAAGAUUAUUCACUGCCAUUAUAUUGUCCUUUGUCUUUUUGUCGUAUCAUUGUCUACAAACUACCUUAUUUAUUGCAUUUUGUGUAAGAUUGAUGAUAAAAGCCUGCGCGAAACCUAUGCGAAAGGCGGAAAACUCGCAAAGCACUCCUACUCGCGAGUUUUCGCGUCAGUUUUCGCGGUUUUUUGUAUUUCGCACUGUCUGAUUAUUUUAUUUAUAUAUCACACUUAUCAACGAAAGAAAAGUUCUCGGGCGGAACGCGAGGAACCUUUGAAUCAUACAAAAAUACGGUCAUACUGCACGUUGGCGCUGAUUCACUAUUCUGUAAUAGUACAGAAAAUAUACAAGUACGUAUUUAGCUUUACUUUAGCGAGAGGAUCAUCAUUAUGGCGCAUGUGAAAUUCGAAAAGCAAGAUAAUUGUGACAACUGUAUUAUGCGUUAAGAA